UGAUUUUUUAAUGAAAGAAAUGAAAGAGGAGGAUGAGAAGAUUGUGCACCCCCUAGAGUCCAGAAGAUCAGUAUGUGGCGCGUCUUCGCCCAGCAGUUUGUGGACGACCGAGAUGCGGUCCGCGUGGAGGAUUUCGUCAGUGUAUUUGGCGCUCCGUCCAGCAGCGCUGUACCAGCGCACCACACGCACGCCGAAGUUGCGUCGCGGCUCAAAACGGGCAGCAUGGCGCAGACGCGAACGGCCGCGGCGAAGAUUGCUGGCGGGGCCACGAAAUCGAGCGGGACCCCGUCGGAGGCAGAAGCGAAGAAGGCUACGACGCUGCUAGAGGUGAGACCGAAUUUUCAGCCACGACUGGUGUGAUGAUUUACAAGCAAAUCUUCAUUGCCACUUCGACUUCAGCAAUCAUACUUAUUCCUCUGGUGCGUGGCGGCCGGACAGGCUUUCGUUAUUUUGAUUUUCCGCGCCAUUCAAAAAAAGAAGCAAACUGAACAGGACACUGAGGACGCGCCGGAUCCUGAGUUCGCGAGGAAAUUGGAACUCGCACAGGAAUGGGAACGCAUACAGAUGGAAAAACGCCAAAAGCAAGCGAAGCAGGCGCGGGAGGGCAGAACAAACAAGAAGUCCACUGGUGUUCGACCGGAAAAAAAGCAGGGUGCUAUUAACCCUUCUUCAGGGGAGAGCAAAGUGGCGCAGGAACAUCUCCUUGCUCUUCCGCCUGCAGGUAGUCCGGACGGCAGCAACGCAUCGCAACAGCUGGUGUGUCGGAGCUCGAGCAGUAUGUUGGUCAAAAGAAAGAAGAUGGCCACCGCAGAAGUAGUGAGCGAAAUGUCCAAUUGCCGAGGCGACGGUGGACCGUGGGAAACGCGCGACGCGGAAGGGGAGAGGCCCGACUCACAGACCAAGGCUGGGGCAAACAUCAUGGUGGGAGAACCGGAGCACCGCCUUAGUACUAUUGCCGCGACUGAAGAACCUGCAUCUACAGAUGCGAUCAUUGAGCCGACACAGGAACACGACGUUGCCUCUGGAAGCACCUUUCUGUUGACUGCUGUGCCGCUCGACAACGGGGGCGCACCUACGGCGUUGCGUGCCGGGGGCAAAGUAUUUUCAACUUGCACAGACGGACAUUUGUAUUUGAUCUGAACUUUCACCAUUUAUUUUUCAAAUUGAUCCGUGAAUGGCGUCACAGAGAUUCAAUCAUUUUUCUUUUUCACAGGGACCAGAGCAAAAUCCGGACAAAAGUGUUGCUGGUAUUGCCCGCGCAGCGCAGAGUGCUUCUUCAUCAGCCGCUGGUAGAGAAAAGCAGUGCAGAGCGCCGCUCCCUCCUGCCGAAGUCGCCCCAGAAAAGCGAAACUUUCGAGGGAGGCGCACCUUCGCUACACGUAACAAAGCGGCCCCGGGCGGUACUACACGAAGAGGCGAUCGGAGCCAAGGUGCGGCUUCCGCACCUUCCGUAUCGCGGCUUGCUAGGACGCCAGCUGUUGGGUCACCGCGAAGCCAGCAUCCCAAAGAACCAACGGAAGACUACGAUGCUGUGCAGGAGGAUCAGAUUACCUCCGGCGAAGAUUUCUACGCGUAUUUGAAGGCGCGGUCUGCAGCAGCUGGGCUGCGGAAUGCCAUCGACCCAGCAAAUGGCGGCACUUCUAAAGGGACGGAAAUCGUGCCCGCGGCGCCGCAAGAAAGGCACAAGAUGAACAUGUAUUCCAACCAGGUGGUUGCGCACGGCUACUUUCCGCAAGCUCCCAGUAGCACCAAGCACAAACUGCGCAUGGUGCAGAAGCGAAUUCUAAAUCAGGCAGCAGGUGCAGUCCGGGCGUAUCGACACGAAGUUCGCGAGCAGCUGCAAAAGGUGUUACGCGUUAGCGAGUUGUCCUACGACGAUGACCGCAGCAAGGAAAUUCUAAAGACUACGACGUUCACGCGCCAGAUCCAGGAAUGGAAUCGAAUCCGAGCCAUAGGAAUGAAAACGGAAAAGCGAUUUCUGGUGCCGCUGGUUCGGUGAUUUGGAGGUGGGACAUGGGAAAUCCAGGGCGCCGUAAAAUCUAAAGAAUUUAGUUCAUCCCCAGAGAGGCUGCUUUCUCACUCGUGGAAAACGAGAGAGGCAUGACCGUUUCGAAUAAGUACCCUUGGAUGUGGCGUGAAAUUUUAAUUUGUAUGAUAUCAUUGCGCGCGUGCCUCCAGUGGACGGACACAUGACCUGAGCAACUUCAGCUUUAAAAAAAAAUCUAAAUACAGAUCCCGCUUUCACUGCCAUGUGAGCGCCCACGCAAU